AUGUCCAUCAUCCAGCAACACACCAGCGCGUCGCUCAGCGACGCCUGGCGCACCAUCAACAUCGACGCCCUGACCGAGGACUCGAGCGUCAACUUCGACACCUCGACGCUGCACCCCCCGCAGCCCGAGAUCUCAGAGGCGGAGGUGCGCCAGCUCGCCGGCCAGGUCAGGCAGCUGCUGAGGGGCGGCGACGCCGAGGGCGCCCUGCGGGGAUGCCUGGAGACGCCCGUCUACAACGGAACCGACGGGGCAAAGGAGGCCCAUCUGCAAACAAUCAUCGAGGUCCUGCAAUCCAUCAAGGCCAGCGACAUGAGCCCGCUCCUGCGCGGCAUCUACGAGUCCCCCGGCGGCAGCGAGUCCCUGGACGUGCUCAUGAAGUACAUCUACAAGGGCAUGGCCAUGGGGUCAAACGGCGGCGCCGGGCGCACGCCCUCCAAGGUCACGCCGCAGUCGACGGGCGGCUUCAGCCAGAUUGGCGCGCGGCCCGGCGUGUCCAACGAGCCCGCAACGGCCGCCAUGAGCGUCCUGCUGAGUUGGCACGAGAAGCUGGUGGACGUGGCUGGCCUGGGCUGCAUUGGGCGGACAAUGACGGACUGGCGCAGGGUGUAA